AUCAAGCAAGCAAACAAAAAUUUUGGGCUGGGCUACGGGCGUAACCGGUGUUCAGUGAUUUGUGGUUUUAUUUCGAAUAUUUUAUCCGUUUCUUUAUUUCUAAAUGAAUUAAAACAAUGCCGAAGUGAAGUAAUUAUAACUCUACAUUACAUUAAAUUCAAAAUGACUACAGCUAUAUUCGCGUUUUUUAUCUCCUUCCUUAUUGCUGAUACAGCUGCUAGAUUUGGAUCAGAAGUUGUUACAAACACAUUCAAAAAAUAUAUUCCUAUUGAGGGCCAGGAGGUUCUCACAUGGUGCACCACUUCGCUGUUGGAGCACGAAAAAUGUGAGAAGCUUAUGAGGAUUGUAAUGCUUGACAAAGGGCUGUUUGGAGAAGAAUAUAUAGAGUUGCAGUGUAAGCGGGCAUUUGAUGUUGAAGAAUGCAUGUCCCUGGUGGAUCAGGGGAAGGCAUCCCUCCUGGCCCUUGAUGCUGGAGAGGUCUACAUAGCUGGCCGGUAUCACUCUCUGGUGCCUAUAGCUCAAGAGUUGUAUGGUCAUGGGGAGCCUUACCAAUACUCUGUGGCUGUGGUGAAGAAGGGUAGUCUCCCGUCGGUGCAGCCUGGUUCAGGCCUGCACGGGCUGCGUGGGGCUAAGGCCUGUUUCCCUGGAGUCGGCUCACUGGCAGGAUGGGUCAUGCCUGUACAUAUUCUGAUGCAGGAAGGCGGACUCAAAAUAACGGACUGCAACAACCAUGUGAAGUCAGCUACAUAUUUCUUCGGCGAAUCGUGCGCACCAAACUCUUUGAAAGACAUCUACAAUCCCAUUGGUGAUAACUCUGAUAAACUAUGUAAACUAUGUACCGGCGGGCCGGGUAUUCGUUGCACCCUACGGGACCCCUACGCGGGAUACGAGGGAGCCCUAAAGUGCCUCAUAGCCAACGGCACUGGAGACAUAGCGUUCGUGCGAGACACCACUAUACAACAUGCACUGCUGUCUAACAAGAUACUGGGUGGAGUAACAGAAGAUCAAUUUGAACUGAUAUGCCGUGAUGGCUCAAGGCGGUCAGUACGGGAGUAUUCACACUGCAACUGGGGCCGCGUGCCCGCCGACGCGGUAGUUACCAGCAGCGCCGUCAGCGCGCCGCGCCGCCUCCGUUUCCAAGCCAUCCUACAGAAGAUAGUCGAGCUUUACGGCGACCCGAACCCCUUAAAUUUGGCUCUGAACAUGACCGCAGACACUCAACCGCGGGACUCUUUCGGUUACCCUGUGUUCUCCAGCACCACUCCGAGAUAUGCAUACGACCAGUACAAUAGGAACAGACUGCGUGAGCAGAACGACCCUAACAGCGUGUCGACGACUCCAUCACCAUUCAAAGCGCGUUACGACGCGGACGGCCGCCCCAUAGAACUGCCUUUCCAUCUCUUCCAGUCCAAUGAGACCACGGAUUUGCUUUUACAAGAUGCCACAAUAAACUUCCGUAUCCUCAAAGAAGACGAGCAAGCAGCCAGCCAUAUUCUCCGCAACGAAUAUGUCGGAGACCAAGCUGAGAAAGCGGUUCUUGGUAUUAUGGACUGUCCUGUGAAGAGGGCAGUGCUUUGUGUCACCAGCGACCCCGAGAUGGACAAGUGUGUUAAGAUGAGGGUGGCGCUGAAAGCGGCGUUCCUCUCCCCCACCCUGGUGUGCUGGCGCGGCCACAGCGCGCGGCACUGCGAGCGAGCGAUCGCCGACGGAACAGCUGAUUUCGCUGUACUAGACUCGGCCGACAUGCUGCACGCGGCAUACAGAUACAAACUGGUGCCGUUCAUGCAGCUGGUAUACUCGACUGGCAACAGUUGGUACUACGCAGUGGCUGUGGCCAAGGAACAAGACCCGGACACCGACAUCACAUACCUGCGUGGCAAGAACACGUGUCACACUGGUAUAGGCAUGGCGGCCGGUUGGAUCUACCCGCUGGCUUACCUCAUUUCUAACGGGUGGAUACGGCCAUAUGGCUCUGACGGAGCUCAAGCGGCCGCCUCGUACUUCAGCAAGUCGUGCGCCCCCGGAGCCCUAAGUUCGGAAUACGUGGACGCUGGCAGCGUCCCCCACGAUAACCUCUGCCAUCUGUGCCACGGCGGAGCUUUCCGCCGUUGCCGCCGCGACGCCAGCGAGGACUACUACGGCCACAUCGGCGCACUGCGCUGCAUGGUGGAGGGGGGAGGGGACGUCGCCUUCGUCAGACACUCCGCGCCCGCUGAGGCUUCCGGCGGCCGGCGACGUGAGUGGUGGGCAAGGGAUCUGCUGCCUGACGAUUUGCAGCUCUUGUGUCCUGAUGGCACCCGCGCCAAAACCCACGAAUACAAACACUGCAACUUGGGUAAAGUACCUGGCGCAGUUCUGAUGGGUCGCCCCAACCACACGGAGCUGGACACAUACAGCAACCUCAUGCUGUACGCGCAGCAGCUGUACGGAGCUGACACCGGCGACGAUUUCAGCUUCAGCAUGUUCUACUCCCAACCGCCAUACUCUGACCUAAUAUUCGACGACGCCGCCGUCCGUAUAAAGCCGCUGUCACACCGGCAGCGUUCGGCCGAAUUCGUCGCGGGCCGAGCUUUACUCCGAGCAGCGAGGAUUGUCUCCAGCGACGCACCACAAUCAUCUUACCUCAUCGCUUCCGACCCUGAUUUCUUGUCACACGCAUAUAGAGUGGGAUUCGUUGGGAAAAUUCUCGCUUUUGCUUUGUUUAUAAUCGCGUUGUUGCGGUAAUGUGUACGCACCUUUAUAUCUUUUAGAACUUAAUCACUCAUCUGAGCGUUUUCCUGGUUUCUUUAGCAGCCGUUAAGGUUUUUAAUCUAUAGUUUUCAACGUUAAUAUCAAUAAUAUUAAUGUAAUGACUUUAUUACUCCUGUUUGUGUGAGCCAUUUUUUUUUUACUAAGAAUCUCUUAUUUCCUUAUAAGUGCCUUUACACACAGUGCCUCUAUUUUAGUGUGUAAUUUUUAUAUUUCUUAGUAUAAUAUCGUGCAUUUUUAGUAGAAUCUUAUUAUUAAUUGAAUUAGAACUAUCUGUGUUUUUAGAACUUUUUACAUUAUACAACAUUAUUGGUGUUGUGCUACGCAUAAUUCUAUUUUUUAACAAUUAUUAUCUAUUUUCCAUUAUUUUAGAAGAUAUUUCAUCUAUUUGCUGCUAUUUUAUGAAUCUCAUCGAUAUCAAACAAUUUAUUUUAUAGGUGAAGUAUUUAUGCUAUUUUCAUUUUAGGGCCGUAUUUCAAUAACAUUACUUUUAUUUUAAUAAGUAAAUGUGAAAUAUUAUCCUUUGAUAUUAUUUUUUGUAUAAUUGUAUAUGAAACUGGAUUAUUCUAAUAGCUUUAAGAAUAAAUGUAUUUUUACCGUUCCGUCCGCGUCGUUAAAUAUGUUAUAUGCGCAUUUUAGUUUCGACUAAAUCCGUCCAAUCAAAGACUGUCUACGUCUUUCGAAGAAAUAAAAUUACCUAUACAUUUAAAAAAA